CUUAGUUCAAGUUCAGUGUUUGUCAGUCCUGAGCGACGGAGUUUAAUUCUAAAAUCAGUAAUCGCUGCGAAAUAUCAAGAAAACAUGGCUGCUCGGGACCCUGAACCGAAAUGCGUCAUCAAAUUCCCCGAUGGUGUAUACCGUGGCAGCAAGGUCAGGCUACAAGGAAACAUACCACCUGAUGCUCAGAGAUUCUCAAUAAAUCUUCAAUGCGGUCCCAGAACUGAUAUUCAAGAACAAGUUGCACUGCACGUGAACCCAAGAUUCAAUGAUAUGAAUGUGGUUCGCAAUCAGUACGCGGGUGGAGAGUGGGGACGGGAGGAAAACAGUGGUGGUAUGCCACUGUCCAAAGAUGCUGACUUUGAAACUGUCAUCGAGUGUAACGAGCAAGCCUUUACGGUGAGCUUCAACGGCAAGCAUUUCUGCGAGUUUGCGCAUAGGAUGCCGUAUCAUCGCGCCACUCAUGUCAUGGUGGAUGGUGACGUCAGUCUGCGACUUGUCAGCUUCCCAUCGACCGAAUAAUAAAAACAG